AUGAAAAUUGCCAAGAUGUGUGAAGAGCUUAUCAAACCAUCAUCCCCAACUCCACAUGAACUUAGAGACCACAAAAUCUCUUUCAUAGAUGAAUUAAUACCCCAUUCUUCAAUUCCACUCAUUUUGUUCUUCAAAAAGAGUGAAAACCUCACACAAUCACAAGUAUGCAACCACUUAAAAGCUUCACUUUCACAAACUUUAACUCAAUUUUACCCUUUGGCUGGAAGAAUAAAGUCCCAAUAUUCAAUUGAUUGCAAUGAUGAAGGAGCUUACUAUCAAGAAUCACAAGUGGAUGCUUCACUUUUAGACAUAAUCAAGAAUCCAAAAUCCAAUGAAUUGGUCCAACUCACACCUUACAAUUCAAAUGGCACCUUAUCAAAUUUUCAACAACUCUUAGCCAUUCAAGUCAACUUAUUCAAUUGUGGUGGUAUAGCACUUAGUAUCUCCAUUUCACAUAAGAUUGGUGAUGCUUCUAGCCUUUGUAAAUUCAUUAUGAAUUGGAGCAAUGCAAGUGAAGGAUCAAUGGGGGACAACAAGGUAAGAAAAGACUCUAUUUUCUCCUGUUUACCGUCAAUUUUUCCAUCGAGAGGGACAAUUGACAACACGUUAAAUGUAAACAACAUGCCAAUUCGUAUUGUAGCUGAAAAAUUAGUAGUAAAAAGAAUCGUUUUUACUACUUCAAAUAUAGCUAAAAUGAAGGCUAAGUUGAUAAAUUGGGGUUACAAUGAGAAUGCGACACGUGUAGAAGUUGUUAUGGCUUUGAUAUGGAAAUGUUUCAUGGCUGCAAAAGGGUGUAACUCUGUUGCAAUUAUUCCAGUGAAUAUAAGGCAAAGGAUAGUUCCACCCUUUGAUGAAAAUUCAUUUGGUAACUUUUUUUUAGUAACAAGUUGUAUAGCAAAUGUGGAAAAUGAAUGGUGUUCAUUGGUAGGAAAAAUAAAGAGUGCAAUUGGGAGAAUUGAUGGUAAUUACGUGGAGAAAAUACGCGGAGAGGAUGGUUUUGAGUUUGUAAAUAGUAAUUUUAAACAAGUCGGAAAAAUUAUUAUGAGUCAAGGGGAUGAUUUUCGCGUGUUAACAAUUUCAAGUUGGUGUAAAUUUCCAAUUUAUGAAGCAAACUUUGGAUGGGGUGAGUCUAUUUCUACGAUUGUUGCGACUCUUGGGAUAAAAGAUAAUAUUGUUUUAUUAGAUUCUAAAGAAUUUCCUGGUGGAAUUGAAGCUUGGAUUGUUAUGGUUGAUCAAGAAAUGACACUUUUUGAACAAGACAAAGAACUUCAAGAUUUUACUUCAUUAGAUGCAAUUUGUGAUCUCAAUUGA